GGGUGGGGUGGGGGGGGGGGGGGCAUCCAUCAUGUCGACGACGCUGACUCCCGAGCAGCAUCGAAUGAUUGAGGAGAACAGACGGAAAGCUUUGGAGAGGAGAGCUCAGAGGCUCGGGCAGAACGCGCCCAGUCAACCGGACCGUGGCGCUGUAUCGGCACCGAAGCAGUUUUUUCCGCCCAUCAAGAAAGAAGCGAACGUCACCGAUCACCACAACAAAGGCACGAUUUUUGGCAAAGGAGGCUUAGCGACGCCACGGACUUCGGGCGGAGAUGCCCCGCCUGCAGCCAAGCGUCAACACGUAAACCAGCCUUUCACUAGCGCUGACAGCAGCACUAGUAGUCCAAAAGCGCCGGAGCACAUAAGUAAGCAGCCCUCUGCUGGGGGCGCAGCACUCGGGUCCUUCUAUAAACAACCAAACAAACCCUCGUCAGACUGUCCAACAUUAAAGGCUGUGCCCGCUAAGAAGGCCGCGAUAGCCACUUGGGGCAAAUGCGUGCCGCACACUGACGGACGCUUCAGGGUGGAGGUGGGCUAUCACGCUGAGCUCGUCGCUGCUUUUAAAUCCAUCCCAUCCAAGACAUAUGACCCUGGCAACAAGACAUGGAGCUUCAGCAUGGAAGAUUACCAACAGCUUAUGACCCAAGUAGCUUCCAUCCCCUCAGUGUCUUUGAGGCCCCUGGAGGGGGCGGAGUCGUCGGACUUGGCGGCGGCAGCGACCGGCCGAGCUCAAGAUGGUCCGGCGCUGCCCGCUCUGCUGAGGCUGUGCAACGGCUGGCAGAAACCGGGGGCCGAGGUCCAGGGCCAUUGCGUCCUGGUGUCGCCCUCCAGAUUUGAGAUUGAUAUCGGUUACCAUGUCGACGUGAUUGCAGCGUUCAAGCAAAUGCCGACAAAAAUCUACGACAUGAAAACAAGGAAGUGGAGCUUUUCACUGCAGGACUACAAGAGACUGAUGGGGCUCCUCGGUGGGAUAGCAACCGUGGAGGUGGAGCCUCUUCCUCGGGCGGUGGUCCAGGCUUUCGCUGCCAACUUUGAAGGGCCCCAAGCCAAGAACUCGGACAUCCCUGAGGCCGACUUGUCCUGCGUCGACCCUGCGAUCAUAAGCAGCCUCAUGCCCUUCCAGAUGGAAGGAGUCAGUUACGCAGUGUCGAAACAAGGCCGCCUGCUCCUGGCUGACGACAUGGGCCUGGGGAAAACCGUGCAGGCCAUCUGCAUCGCCGCCUACUACAGGAAGGAGUGGCCCGUACUAGUUGUGACUCCGUCCUCUGUGCGCUUUACCUGGGCAGAGUCCUUCCGUCGCUGGCUUCCAUCGUUGAGUCCCGACAGCAUCAACGUGGUGGUGAAGGCCAAAGACAACCUCCGGGCGGGGCUGGUCAACAUCAUCAGCUACGACCUCCUCAGCAGAAUUGACAAACAGCUGCCAGCGAAGCCCUUCAACAUCCUCAUCAUGGAUGAAUCUCACUUCCUAAAGAACAUAAAGACGGCUCGCUGUAAAGCUGCUUUGCCGCUGUCAAAGACCGCCAAGAGGGUCAUUCUCUUGUCGGGGACCCCCGCCAUGUCCAGACCCUCUGAGCUUUACACGCAGAUCCUUGCUGUCAGACCCACACUCUUCCCGCGAUUCCACGAUUUUGGGUUGCGCUACUGCGCUGCGAAACAGCUCGCCUGGGGUUGGGACUACUCAGGUUCCUCCCAUCUAGGCGAACUAAAGCUGCUGCUGUCCGAGUGUCUGAUGCUGCGGCGGCUGAAGUCCGACGUCCUCUCGCAGCUUCCCUCCAAACAACGCAAGGUCGUCACGGUGACCAUCGACGGGAUCAGCAACCGAACCAAAGCGGCUCUGUCGUCGGCUGCCGUAGAGUUAGCCAGAGGACAUCAAAAUAAAAAGGAUGAAAGAGACGCCCUCCUCAUUUUUUACAACCACACAGCUGAAGCCAAGCUCCAAGCCAUUACGGAGUACAUCACUGACAUGCUGGAGUGUGGGAGGGACAAGUUCCUUGUGUUUGCCCAUCACAAGUUAGUCCUGGAUCACAUCACUAGUGAACUAGCGAAGAAGGACGUGUCAUUCAUCCGCAUCGACGGAUCCACGGCGUCGAGUGAGCGCCAGCGUCUGUGCGACAAGUUUCAGCAUUCGGGCAAGACGUGCGUGGCCGUUCUGUCCAUCACCGCCGCCAACAUGGGCCUGACGCUGCACGCCGCCGACCUGGUCAUCUUCGCCGAACUGUUCUGGAACCCCGGAGUCCUUAUCCAGGCCGAAGACCGGGUCCAUCGCAUCGGUCAAACCAACAACGUGAACGUUCACUACUUGGUCGCUAGGGGAACAGCCGACGAUCACCUGUGGCCAAUGAUCCAAGGGAAAAUGCAAGUGUUGGAAAAGGUCGGCCUGUCCGAGUCAAACCUCUCAGCCGACGCGGUGACGGCUCAUUUCCACCUUAAGGAUCCCAGUCAGAGGAGCAUCGCCGAGAUGUUCGCGAGGUCUUUCAAUGAGGACGACGACGACGACGCGGAGGCAGGAGGCCAGUAAGGAGAUUUCACUUUUAUGUUAAGGGGGGGAAAAAAGUUCAUGUGACUGAUAAAAGACUUGAGAAAGAGUUGCAUCUUUUUACUCCUUAGAGAAAAUACAAAAUACAUCUGUAUAAUAAUUCAAAACCAGGCUGAAUACUGUAAUGUGACAAUUUGUUGUUGACAUUUGCUCCAAUUUUAAACAUGAUAAAGAGAAGUUCUGUUCCAGGGGGCAUUUUCAGGUUGACAACUGUGAAUCUUCUUUGACUUGUUAAGCUGGACUGUGAGGAUUUGAUUCGUGUGUGUCACCUAAGUCGGAAGGAGAAAAUAAGGUCAAUAAAGUCAUUUUAUCGUCA